CCGGUCGGUAAACAUCGGCCAUUUCCGCCAUUUUCUUUGCGUCUGUAUCUGUAAAGUGAGCUGAGUCAUAGCGUCGGUGUAGCAAUAAUUUGGGCCUUCUAAAUUAAAGGAUAUAUAUCUGAUGCUGUCUCCACACGAAGAUGACGACGACACCCAUCUCUGCAUCAAGUGCAAUGCGACUGUCAUCGGAAUUGACAACUACGUAAAACACAGGAAAGAGCGCUGCGGGAAGCUGAAGAAUGAUAAGUCCCUGGCUUCUAUCGACCCACUGGAACCGACAUACAGCCUCGGGGCAGAUGUGUUUUUCCAAUCAUUGGAACUCCAGAGCAGUGUCAAGAAAUCAUCCUCCCUCUCCAGGUUGACUCCUCCUAAUCCCAUAUACAAAACGACGGUAGACACUAAAACAACUCCAGCUAUUGCUUCAACUUCACGAGAUAUACCAAGAAUGAGUCCACUAGAAAAUAACCUCAGGGGAGAAGAUUGGAUCGGGGGUCACAGCUUAAAAAUAGAAACAAGUGAGGACAAUCAAAUGAAAUUGAUAAAAGCUGUAGCCAGCAUUAGUGGUGCUGCGAAAAAAGAUCCACCAUCAUCAUCUUAUAUAUCUUAUACUGAUUACAAAGGAGACGAUGAUUUAGAAGAAUCAGAUGAUACUGAAGACGAGGAGGAAGAGGAACCGUCGCAAAGUGUUAAAUGGAAACCACCACCAAACUAUACAGGUGGAAAGUGGCGCCCUGAUUCGCCAGACCAUGAUGAUUGGGAGCCAGAUCCAGAUACACACGAUCGAGAUGAUGACUAUGACGCACCUCCUCCUAGUCACACAAAAGGGAAAUGGGUCCCUGGUGCCCCUGAGAAGACACAGAUAAUGCAAACUACUAUACAAUCCAAGGGCUCUGUUCAAUAUUGGUGUGGACCUUGUAAUCGAAGAUUAGGCUCCAGAGCUAUUUAUGAUAAACAUCUUAUGUCUAAUUUACACAUGCGAAAAGUACUUCCCGAAAAUGAAUUAGAAUUUUCCGGACACUUAGAGCCUAUACGAAAUGUUACUGAAAAAUCACCAGACAAACGAAUUAAUCGUCCUUCGUUGUUUGUUAAUGAUAGUAUGUACUCACAGACACAGAGAAAACGGCAAAAAUCCACUAAACCAAAAUGUAAUCCCAAGGUUAUUAAGCCAAAGAGAAAGAGGAAACACAUUUUCGUAAGUUGUUCUGGUUGCAAAUCAAGAGUUAGAAGUCAUCUAAUGGGAAAGCAUCUCAUAUCACAUUAUCAUUUUAGAAAAGCAAUUGAUAUGAAGAGUUUGACGUACAGACAACUUAUCUUAGAUAACAUGGACGCAAUAGUUCACCAGUCUCCCUUUCAAUGCAGUCCAUGCAAAUUCUAUACUAAUUGGCAUUCAAAUUUUAUGCAUCAUUGGUCCUCUGAAAAUCAUGAACGUGUUACAUCAGCAAUGGAUGGUCUAUACUGGUGCUCCUUCUGUAAAUUUGAAUGUUCUGCAUCGCAGGAAAUGCUCGAACACUUGUCAAGUUUGGAUCACAGUGAAGUGGUCGCCGUUAUAAAUAGAUCUAUGCCUAUACUAAUCAGAAAGAAGACAAUUAUACGUUGCGAAACUUGUCAUAUUUCGUUUCGGUAUAAUUUUGAGGCGAAACAGCAUUGGAAAAAGACUUCCCAUGAGUUAGCGUAUACUGCUACCGACACUUAUCAGGAACUGCACAAAUGUCAACACUGUCAUCAUAAAUUUAAAUCAUCGGUAACGCUUUGCGCUCAUUUGAAAUCAGAGCACAAAGAGAAAGCAUUUCUGUGUCUAGUCUGUUCCAAGGUGUUCAACUCAUCAGCCGACGCAAAGCAACAUCGGCAGACAUCAGAACAUCGAAUCAGGACGAAGGAAAAGUUGAUAGCCCGUGGUCUAUGUUCAAAAGAUUUACGCAAACGUUGCCCAUACUGUCCCCGACAAACCAUGCUCAAAAAUGUGAUUGAACUCCGAGACCAUAUAAGAAGAUUACAUCCUAACAUACGAAAAAAGUGCUACAAAUGCGGAAAGGCGUUCAUUCUAUCACAAGAAGUGACUCGGCAUAUAAGAAGCAAUGCUUGUCAAUUUGCAGAUCCCAAUACUGUCAGCACUUCAGCUCUCUGGAGCUGCAGCCAAUGUCUGUUCACAACAGAUUCCCAAGCAGAAUGUUUUUUCCAUGAAAUCCUUCAUAGCGAGCCAAUAACACAAAUCAUUGGCGAAAAUAAAGUUCUGAAGUAUGCAUGUCCUCUCUGUGAUAAGGCGUUCAAGAAGAAGUCAUUACGGGAUCAUUUAAAGCAGCACACGUUUGAGAGGCCUUUCGCUUGUUCCCUCUGCGGGGCCAACUUCACGAGACAGAGCAGUUUAAAUAAUCACCACAAGAGCAAACACGAAAUGCCUGCACGUCCGACGGAGACCGAGGUCGCUGCAAAAGAAUUUAGAUGUCAUCAAUGUAGGAAGAAGUUUACUGACCGAAAAGAACUGGAGAGCCACGGCCCGUCGUGUCAGAUAUUAGAACGGGAAUGUCCAUUUGAGGAUUGCACGUUCAAAGGUUCCUCAUUGUCGCAACUAAUCCGACAUCGAAAAACUCACGGAAUAACGAAAUACCAUGAAUGCUUCCAAUGCAACUUUAAAACCGAUCAAAUUAGCCAUUUGAAGCGCCAUUUAAUAUGUCACGAGGAUGUCAAGCCGUACGGAUGCCCGCACUGUGAUUUCACCUGUAAAAGCUUAGAAAAUCUUCGGAAACAUGUACUGAAAGGCAAGAAACACCCCGGCUUGUUUUUGUAUCAAUGCAAUCAUUGUGUAUACAAAAGUAACCUAGCGACCGAGUUGAGAACCCAUUACACGAAUGUUCAUACAGACAAAUAUAAUGCCAAAACAGCUGCAAUUGAAGUCAAGAACCAUUUAAUUGUGAACAAUAAGACGGAAUCCAAUCAUUUCCUACAAUAGUCAUACAUCGUGUGGAUUGACUAGAAGCCAAAUUAGCCAAAUCCAUUCACGAAACUGGGAGUCAUCAAUAGAUCAAGACACUACUUCAAGGCGGUCUACCGGUACAAGCUUUAGUACUCUAUGAGGCGCAGGUUCGGACGCAUUAUCCUCAUCUCUGGUCUGGUGUAGAACGAGUCCUGAGAUAUGGUAACCCUAGGUGACCCAUGAACCCAGAUUUUAGGUGUUUUUAGACCCUUAUCAGGGUUGGUAUUUGCAAAUCUCAUAAAAUGUCAGGAUAUUUUGAAUUUUUAAUAAAAUACACUAUUUGAAAGAUGUCUUUAAAGAGUUAAACACUCUAAAAAUAAUCAUACUUUCGUAAUAAUUGCACAAUUAACACUUAUUUAAAUAUUUCAAUAAAAUACUUACUUUUAUAUUGUUUUUAUAAAUAAACUUCACCAUAGGUAAUUUCAUUAUACAGGUUGUAAUCAUUAAGUUAAAAUUUGGAUACUUCUAGUUUACUUGUGCCUCACACAGUACUAAAGUUUGGACCGUUAGACCGCCUUGAAGAAGUGUCUUGAUCUAUUGAUGGCCUUCAUUUUAAAGUUUUUUGAUAUCUGUAAUAGUUACUGAAUAAUCGCUUUGUCACACUUAACGAUUACAGCCUGUAUAAAAUCAUAUUGUGGGCUUGCUUUGUGAGAAUUUGUUUCAUAUUUUUGUUGUAAUCAUGCGUAUGUAUAUUAUAACAUGGUUCGCCAUGCUCGCUAAAAUGACAUUUCUUGCGGCGUCGUGUAACGAAUCGUCAAAUAUGUGCAACGGAGGUAAUGGCUGGUCCAUGCGUCAACUCGUGAGCCAGUGCUGCUUGUGGUCGACCUGUUAUAGUUAAUAAAUCAUAGGAUUUGUUUGAUGCGAUUACUAAUUAUGACGGUUAUCACGACCAUUAUUGUCACGAAGCAUCCCAACACAAACAGUGUAUUCCAACUCUAAAGGUAAAUGCAUCUUGCAAUCAUGCAAUUUAUAUUUAUACAAUUUAUUUUUGAAGUGAUAACUUCUUAUGGGAGGGCACUGUGGGAAGGUAAACCGCUUCGUUACGUUACGCGAUACUUCUGUCAGAAAAAAAUAAUUGAAACAUGUUUUAACCGUUAUAACUUAAUGGCUUUAAAAUGGUUUUAAGAAAAAAGUUUCGAAUUACUCAGUAAUAUUUUUUGAAAAUAUCCCAAGUAUAAUAAUUUAUUUAUACUUUUGUAACAAUUAAAUAAAAGUUUUCAGAAAUUUUCUUACAUUUUCGUUCGUCGUAUAAUUAUUAGGACAGGCAAUGGGUUCAAGCCUAUGCAGCCAUAUUCGAUUAAUAGAUAUUUAAUAAUUAAUUGUAAAAGCCGUCUAUGCAAGAUUUUUAGAUGACACACAUUGUAAAAAUUUUGCUUCGGUGCUUAUUAUAGAUACCAUAAGCCAAUUAUUACAUUUAUAAGAUAAAAUAAUGAUACUAACAAUAUUCAUACAUAAUGAUACACAUAUUAAAUAGGCUAGGCUCACUUGUGUUUAUAUUCCUCCUAACCAGAUACUUCCAUUACGGAUACAGAAACUCUGCGAGUUAUUAUCGAAAUUAUUUAAUUCUGUAUAGAUUGGAAACAGGGGCAUCCAAUUAUUGUAUUGGAAAAAGAAUAUUUUUUUUUCUGACGGAAGUAACGCUCAGUAAAAAAGUCAAUAAUUGAAACAAUUUUUUAAACCGUUAUUGAAGUAAAAAUUUAAUUUUAUAUUUUUAAAAAAAUAUGUCAAAUUGCUCAGUAAUAUUUUUUUUAAGUCUCCAAGUGUAGAAUUUGUUUAUUUUUUACUACUUUUGUAAUAAAUAAUAAAUAAGUUUUCAGUCUGACAUUUGCGACAUUGCUUUUGGUUUCUUGGCCCAUUAUUAGGACAGGCAAAGGGUUUGAGCUCAUACAGCCAUACAUAUUAAUAUUCAAUAACAACGUCAUAUUGAUAUGUGCUAGUAAUAGUUUAACCUUUAUCUUCUUAUGAUCAAUUAUUUUAUUUAAUGAGUGAAAAUUAAAAAUGUGCGAAUGGUAUUAAUUAAUUAUAAAUAGAAUAUAAA